AUGGUAUUCCGCUUAUUGAGUAGAACCGUACUUCUUCCAGCAGCUGGAUUGGCUACUGGAUUCAUGUCGUCUGCAACCAUGGUACCCGCUACCGCUGAACAAGAUCAGCCUGUAGUACGCCAAAUCGCAGAUGAAAGAAACGCCGCAAAGGACGUUACCGGCCAGAAAAAUGCUGUAGGCAGUCUCAGCCAGCUCAAGAAUACCCACGACGGCGAAAUGCUCUAUGAGAAGAUGUCCCGCCCUGUAAGAGAGAACACCGUCAGCCAAGGCAUUUUGUACGGGACAGAUAAGCUUGUUAUGGAUCCGAACAUCUUUCUCGACAGUAAGCAGGGGAAAUUAACCGCUUACUACCACCUUGGGCCAGGGCUUGCAAAUGAGAAGAAGAAGGUACACCAGGGGCUACUUGCAUUGAUUCUAGAUGAGGCUCUUUGUUUCUGUGGCUUCCCUAGCCUUCCAAACGGCCUGGGAGUCACUGCGCGCUUAAGCAUCACCUAUUUAAAGGAUAUUCCUCUGGACUCAACAGUCGUUCUCAAGGCGCAGGUCGUCGAGGCCAAAGGGCGUAAAUGCAUCAUUCAGGGUGUACUUGAAUCGCCAUCCAACCCGGGCGUGGUCUACGCUCGAGCAAGAUGUCUACUGGUUGAGCCCAAAUGGAUGAAGCACGCGCGGAGAAUUUUCACGUGA